CUAGUGCCCACACAACAGCCAAACGAUACAUAUAUAACUUAUGCCGAUUGGGGAACAAUUGGAUCGCAAAUUAUAUUUGUCCACAAAAAUGACAUUUACUAUAAAUCCGAUGCAAACGCAGCGCCGAUAAGACUCACAAAUACGGGCGAAGAUAUGGUUAUAUAUAACGGAAUACCCGAUUGGCUGUACAGACGAGAGAUAUACGCAAACUCACCAAAACUGUUUUGGUUAUCACCGGUGGGAACAAAGUUGGUCUACACGACCAUUGAUGACAGCGGUGUCGACUUAAUGACCUGGCCAUUCUAUAGCACAGGCAAAUUGGCCCAGGGUUAUCACAAUCAAUAUCCUAAAAUUGAAAUGGUCAGGUACCCGAAAGUGGGCCGACCCAACCCUACGAUCGCUCUUUAUUACAUCGAUUUGACUCAAUUGCGUGAUUAUAACGACUCGAUCGGUAAACUGGCCGUACAUUUAAAGCCACCCAAAGUUAUCACAGACUAUGGCUAUUUUACGGCAACGUUUCCUUCAAAUCCGGGAGAAAAGCAUUUAAUGAGCGCUCCGUUAAGCCAGUCGUCGGCGGCGGCGAAGACAGAACCCGUGUGUCACACAUGUCUUAUCAACACAUAUAACACCGAUAGGGAUAACACAUGUCUGGUCUCUGACGCCACGUUCAGCAAAGAUGCCAACCAUUAUAUCCAUCACUGUUUAGGACCUAAUAUUCCCCAAUCGGUGGUCAGGCGGACAGUCGACGACCGCUUACUCUAUACACUCGAAGACAAUAAACGCCUGAAUACUAAACUCAAAAACCUAUCGCUUCCCAAAACCAUUUUCAUGAAGGUUCCGGUCGGACGCUAUCAGCUCGACGUUCAGCUUUUUGUGCCGCAAAAUUUCAAUAACAAUUCAGCGCAAAAAUAUCCGUUAGUUUUCAACGUUUACGGCGGACCCGGAGCUGAGAGUGAAUACGUUUCCCAUAAAUACUUUUACAAUCAAUUCGGCUCUUAUUUGGUCUCAAAUAAAAGCGUAAUCUAUGCCUAUCUGGACAGCAGAGGUGCCCCCAAUCGCGGCCAACAAUUCAUGUUUGAAAUCUAUCGCCGAUUGGGAACCGUUGAGGUCGAGGACACUAUAGCUGUGGCCCGUUAUUUGCGCGAUAAUGUGCCCUAUGUCGAUUCUAACUCUAUAGCCAUAUGGGGCUGAGUUAACCCUGAUCAAAGGGUAACCCUAGGGUUAAUUUGCCUACACUACACAAAGGCAUUGCAAGACGAUUAUAACGACAUUGUAUUCAGCUGUGGUGUAGCGGUGGCGCCGGCGACCGAUUGGAUGUAUACCGACUCUGUCUAUACUGAACGACAUAUGGGUUUCCCCACACCUGAAGACAAUCUGCAAAACUAUCGCUUGUCGUCGACAUUGGAUUACGUGAAGCGUUUGAAUGGCAAACAGUUUUUGCUUGUAUUCGGCACCGCAGACGUCAUUACACACAACAUUCAAGCGAUGAUGCUUUUGAAGGCUCUGAAUGAGGCGAAUGUGAAAUACCAAACACAGGUAUAUCCCGAUCAGAGACACGGUUUGCAGCAAUCAAUGGCACACAUGUAUACACGAAUGACCGACUUCUUUGACCAGUGUUUCAAUCAUAACAUCAAACAUAAAUGA